AGUAUUCAUUGCUUCAAAGCUGAUGGUACGUUUCCAGCCGACAUCCAAGCCCCGGGAAAAUUACUAAAUUAAAAAAACAAACCUUACGACUAAUUUUGACACUGAAAGUGAAUAUCGUACAGUGAACUUCCUUAAUGUGAUUGAGUGACUAUCUGGGGUGGUAAGGGGAGUUUAAUGCAGAAAGACACGUCCCUCAGUUGGUUCAACAAACACAGAAGAUACCUGUGCCUCGUGGGUAGCAAUGCGUCGGUUCUCGCAGAGCACAGAGUCUUCACAAUUCAUCCCAAUAAUGAUCCAUCAGCCACAAUAUAUCCACGGAAUAGAAUUAAAUCGAAUAAGUAUACAGUUUGGAAUUUCAUACCGAAGAAUCUUUUCGAGCAGUUCCGGAGGGUAGCGAAUUUCUAUUUCCUCGUAUCUGCGAUAAUUGCUGUAUCAAUAGAGUCACCAGUCUCCCCCCUAACGACCUUUCUGCCUCUCCUCUUCGUUAUUGUCGUAACAGCUGGUAAGCAGGGCUACGAGGACUUCCAGCGGAAUCGCUCGGAUGAUCGCGUCAAUUGCACUCCAGUUACAGUAAUUAGGAAUAAAUGCGUUCAAGUGAUCCAUUGCGAGCAAAUCGUUGUUGGUGACUUCGUCAAAGUUUCCAGAGAUGAAGAAGUACCAUGUGAUCUUAUUUUACUCCACAGUAGUGAAUCCAAUGGCUGUUGUUACGUCACAACGUCUAAUUUAGAUGGGGAAACUAAUUUAAAAACGAUUCAAGUUCCCAAGUUGACCCUCCAAAAAUCUCUGGAGGAAGUGAUAGUGAUGGAUGCCACGGUGACUUGUCAACACCCACUCCCAAACUUGUACGAAUUUUUCGGGAACAUGGAGGCAAAGUUCAGUGAGGAUGAGUUCAUCACCGGAUCUUUGACGAUUGAUAAUGUCCUCCUUCGAGGAUCAAGGCUGAAGGACACUGACUUCGUGAUUGGGACAGCUGUCUAUACUGGGAGAGAUACCAAAUUAUCGCGGAAUUCAAAGAAUAAUUCGCAUAAAUUUUCUACUGUGGAAAAAACUAUCAAUAAUUAUCUAAUUUUCUUCAUCUUCGUGAUGGUCUUUGAGAUCUUGGCCUCAACACUUUUCAAGGAAUUCAUCGCAGUCAAUCAAGAGUGGGAUGAUUAUCUUGGCGAAUCCGAAUUGGUGAAUUUCUCCAAGCUGCUGAAUGAUAUCCUCACUUUUACAGUGCUGUACAAUUACCUGAUACCUAUAUCUCUCUAUGUGACUAUUGAACUACAAAAAUUUCUGGGCUCCUACUUUUUCCGAUGGGACAACGAGAUGUACGACGAAAGAGAAGAUCUCUAUCCACUAGUAAAUACAUCAGAUUUGAAUGAAGAGCUCGGACAAGUGGAAUACCUCUUUACUGAUAAGACCGGAACUCUCACUGAGAACUUGAUGGUCUUCAGGCGAUGCUCGAUAGAUGGGAAGAUGUAUCUAGAGAAGGACUGCAACGGGAAACUGUAUUUAAUUCCUGAGAAUGGAGAUGAUAGAGAAGCUGGGAAAAUUCAGACUUGGCCCGCUGAAAUUUGGCACUUCAUGAUUGCGCUCUCGCUCUGCCAUUCCGUUCACGUCGCUCCUCCGGUUCUUAUGAAGAGCAUAGCAGCAAAACGAACAGCGUUUCGAGAGAGCUUCAGGCAGAGGUCAAUUACUAGGGUCAAUAGUUCUCUGUUGAUGGACCCAGCAUUACCAGAAUAUCAGGCCGCUUCAGCUGACGAAAAAGCCCUUGUUGAAGCCUCAGCAAGAUGUGGUGUUGUAUUAACUAAAUACAGUGGAGACGAAAUGGAGCUCAAAAUUGGAGAAAAGAUUCUUUUCUUUACAAAGUUAGAAACGUUAGAAUUUACUUCAGACAGAAAAAGAAUGUCAGUAAUUGUAGAAGAUUCGGUUGGAGAUCUUUGGUUGUACAGCAAAGGAGCAGAUACAGAGAUGCUGUCACUGAUUGCUGAAGGGAAGGUCACAGAGGCUGAAACCCACUUGGCAGAUUUCUCCAAGAGAGGACUCAGGACACUUGUCGUUGCCUACAGGAAACUCACUAUCGCAGAAUACGAUAAAUUUUCGAGAGCAGUUGAGCAGGCGAAACAAGUGAUUGGAACUGAACGUGCUCAGGGAAUAAACAAGGCUUAUCAUUUGAUUGAGAAUAAUUUAACAUUGCUUGGGGUCACAGGGGUUGAGGAUCGACUGCAAGAGGGAGUGGAGGAGACUCUAGAGUCUUUAAGAGUAGCAGGAAUCAAGGUUUGGGUUUUAACAGGAGAUAAAGCAGAGACUGCAGAGAACAUUGCCUUCUCCUGUGGACAUUUCAAGAGUGGAACUGAUGUCUUAAAACUGAUGGGCAAGAUGACAAUCCAACUUUGUUUCAUUACGUUGACGAGUUUCGAACGAAGACUGAAAUUAGAACCUUGUAAGCAGUAUGGCCUGUUAAUGGAUGGAUCUAGUCUAACAAUUGCAAUGAAACAUUGUCCAGAGUUAUUGAGAAUCGUUGCAAUGUCCUGUGAUGCUGUCGUCUGCUGCAGAAUGUCUCCACUUCAGAAAUCCGAAAUUGUUCAUUUGGUUAAGAACGCAAAGAAACAUCCCCUCACCGCAGCUAUCGGUGACGGAGGAAACGAUGUUUCUAUGAUCCAAGAAGCCCACGUGGGCCUCGGAAUUAUGGGAAAGGAGGGCAGACAAGCUACAAUGAGUGCGGACUUUGCAUUUUCAAAGUUCAUGCAUCUUCGCAAAGCACUUCUCGUCCAUGGACACUGGUACUACAUUAGACUCAGUAUUUUAACGCAGUAUUUCUUCUACAAAAAUAUUGUUUUCAUCACUCCGCAAUUGUUAUUCGGAUUUCAUAGUGGAUUUUCUUCUCAGGCUCUCUAUUCUAGUAUUUUUCUCAUGGGUUUCAACUUAUUUUUUACGUCUCUCCCUGUCCUGAUGUUUGGCCUAUUCGAGCAAGAUUACUCAGCAGAAACUUUGAAACGUUUUUCCCAGUACUAUUUACUGAACAAAAAAAACUAUCUACUGUCUAUUUAUCAGACAAUCAUUUGGCUCUCCACAGCUAUGUGGCAGACUUCUGUGAUUUACUUCGGUGUCUACUUCUUUUGGCAGAUUAAUCCUAUUAAUCUGUACGACAAUACUGACGCCGGUUAUGACGGCUUUGGGACCUGUAUCUUUCAUCUCGUUACUCUAGUCACUAAUUUACAGAUCCUUUUGCGGAGUUAUUUCUGGACUUUUCCGUUUGUUGCUAGUAUUGUUUUCUCGGAAAUUACCUUCUUCGUAAUGACACUUUGUUAUUCUUCUCUGGAUCCAAAAUUCAGUGGAGGAAUGCAUUGGCUAUUUUAUAAACUCUGUAUGUCUCCAACAUUCUGGCUCUUGACAAUAAUUAUUCUGCCAAUUUGUCUCAUACCCACCUGUUUUGUGGCUAUAUACGACAGGUGGCGACCAGCGAAAUUGAGUUAUCAGGCUGAAAGAGAGGAGAAUCUUCAGGAUACUUACAGUGAAUGGAGUUUACCAUCGACAGAGGAAAGAAGAUUUAACUUCGUUCCAUGGCGUGGAAACUUCUCCUUCAGAAUAGCUUCAUGAUCCAAAAUACUCACGAAAUAAAUUUAUCAUUUUCGGCUUCACUUCUUCUCAAGGUAUAACAUUGAAAUAGUAAAAAAAUGAGGAUAGCAUCACGCCACUUUCGACGUCCGAUUAUUGUCAUUCUCCUGACAGCUUUGGU